GAGAGAGAGAGAGAGAGAGAGAGAGGCCUACAUCAACUCUUUCCCUCUUUGUCGCUCAUCAUCCCGAACCUUUCACUUCACGCAUCUCUCUCUUUCACUCUCUCUCCGCGCUGAAAUCCACUGCAAAGCCAAACUUACCGUCUUCAGAAAGGUGAAAAAACAGUAUCAAACAAAAUUCCACCCAAUCCUUUACUCACGUUACACGAACAAUGGCUUCUCGUCGUCUUCUUGUUCAUUUUCUUUAAUCCCAGCUCUUCCUAAAACUAAAUAUUAUCCCAAAACAAACAUUCCGAUCUUGUUCAGCCAUGUAUUUGUCGGAAAAGCCUCGCCCCAUUGAUUUCUACAAAGAAGAAGUACUGCCCACCACUAGAGAUAACAUGAUUAUCGAAGUUGUCUCGAGCAGUGGUGAUUUGCCACCUCAUCAGCACCAUCUUCACAAUCCUCACAACCCUCACCCGCAACAGCCGCCUCAGCAACAGCAACAGCAACAGCAGCAACAGAUAAUUCUAGGUGAGAGCAGCGGCGAGGAUACCCAUGAAGUGAAAGCGCCUAAAAAGCGAGCUGAGACAUGGGUUCAAGACGAAACUCGAAGCUUGAUAGGUCUUCGCCGAGAAAUGGAUGGUUUGUUCAAUACUUCUAAGUCAAACAAGCACUUAUGGGAGCAAAUAUCGGCCAAAAUGAGGGAAAAGGGAUUCGAUCGAUCUCCCACUAUGUGCACCGACAAGUGGAGGAACUUGUUGAAAGAGUUCAAGAAGGCUAAGCAUCAAGAUAGAGGAAGUGGAUCUGCCAAAAUGUCUUAUUAUAAGGAGAUUGACGAGAUAUUAAGGGACAGGAGCAAGAAUGCCCAGUACAAGAGUCCCACUCCCACUUCAAAAGUUGAUUCCUACAUGCAAUUUGCUGAUAAAGGCUUUGAUGAUACAAGUAUAUCUUUUGGACCAGUGGAAGCUAGUGGUAGACCAACACUCAACCUCGAAAGACGUUUGGAUCAUGAUGGACAUCCUCUUGCCAUCACUGCAGCUGAGGCAGUUGCUGCAAGUGCAGUUCCUCCGUGGAAUUGGAGGGAGACUCCUGGAAAUGGUGCUGAGAGCCAAUCAUUUGUUGGAAGAGUGAUAACGGUCAAGUAUGGGGACUAUACAAGAAGAAUUGGUAUUGAUGGUACUGCAGAUGCCAUCAAGGAGGCAAUCAAAUCAGCUUUCAGAUUAAGGACUAAACGUGCAUUUUGGUUGGAGGAUGAAGACGAGAUAAUUCGUAGCCUUGAUAGGGACAUGCCUGUGGGGAAUUACACUCUUCACCUUGAUGAAGGAUUAUCUGUCAAAGUAUGCCUAUAUGAUGAGUCGGACCACAUUCCAGUGCAUACCGAGGAAAAAACUUUUUACAGUGAAGAUGACUACCGCGAUUUCCUUACUCGCCGGGGGUGGUCAUGCCUAAGGGAGUUUGAUGGCUAUAGAAACAUUGAUAACAUGGAUGAUCUUCGACCUGGUGCCAUAUAUCGUGGUGCGAGUUGAGAGCAUUUAUUCCAUCUUCAUGGCUUGCAAUGCUCCUGAAGUUGUUAUUGUUUAUUGUUGUUUAUCUCGCAAUUUGUAUAGUUAUAUAAAAAAUUGUAGAAGUGGACCCAGUUUCUUGCUCGUCCAGUGGUUGUAAAUAUGCAGCUUCUCUUUGACAAUGAAGGAAUUCCCGAAUUUUUUUCUCCUGGCA